AUGCACUUGGCAUCAGCCAACAACAUCUGCAGUAAUAAAAACAACACAACGACAACAAUAACAUCAAAAGUAACAGUAACAUUACAUAGAAACGACAGCAAAUCACAUCAUCACAACAACUUCCGCAAUCCCAAAAACCGCGAAAAAUGUCAUUCGAAUCCCAUCAACUACUUUAACGACAAUAACAUCAACAAAAUUACCAACCACAACAAUAACAACAACAUCAAAAAUCACAAACAACAACAACAUCAACAGAAUCCCAAACAACAACGCCAGCAACAACAACAGAAUCAGUGGACAAAAUGUCCUGAUAGGGUAGUCCCUUGCAAAUAUCCAUGGCAAACCCUGGCCAGCUCUAUGUACAUCUACAUGGACCACAUCAACGGUCUGAUGGCGUAA